UUAUUAAUUCGUUUUGUAAAUUAUUGAUUUAUUAUUAACAAGUGUCUCAAUAAGUAUGACAAAAAAUAAUUAUUAAAGUGUUUGUUGUUUGCCUUUAAAAGAUAAAUGGCUGAGAUUAAACCAAGACCUUAUCAAGUUGAACUCUGUCAACGAGCACUUGACAGUAAUUCAAUAGUUUAUUUACCAACUGGAGCUGGAAAAACAUUUAUUGCUGUAUUGAUGAUUAAAAAAUUAAACAAAGAUGCUCGUAAACUUAACAAUAAUGCAGGAAAAAAAACAAUAUUUAUUGUUAAUACAGUUCCAUUGGUCGUUCAACAGGCUAAUUACAUAAAUAAACAUUCUGGCUUAAAAUGUCAAGGUUACAGUAGUGAAAACACUAAAGAUACUUGGCAAGAAAAACAUUGGAUAAAACAAUUUCAAAUUAAUCAAGUACUAGUUUUCACAGCUCAAAUAUUUUUUGAUAUCCUUGCUCGUAGUUACAUCACACUGAGUCAAAUAAACCUGAUAAUAUUUGACGAGUGUCAUCAUGCAGUUAAAUCUCAUCCAAUGCGUGAAAUAAUGAAGUUAUUUGAGACAUGCCCAAAGCAUCAACAGCCAAAAGUAGUUGGUUUAACAGCAACCCUACUAAAUUCAAAUGUUGAAAAUGAAAAAAUAAAUUCAUUUGUUCAUGAUUUAGAAAUAACAUUUAAUGCAAAAGUAAUAACAGUUGACACGAGUAAUAUAAAUGUUAUCAAUGAAAAAAAUAUUACUGAAACAUAUGUUGAAUUUGAUAAUUUCUCCACCAAUGCAGUGAAUUUAAUUGACAAUGAUAUUAACAACAUGAUGGCAGUUGUUCGACGAGAAUUAAAUAGAAAAAAAAUAUCAUCAAGUCGUCAGUUUAGCUUAAAAUCAAGCAGAGUGUUUCAAGCAAAGCCAGGAAAUAAAAAAUUAAUAAAUCUCUUUGAAGAUAUUGAUGAUUGUAUUAAAAGCAUGGGACUAUUUGCUGGCCAUCAAGCAGUCAUUUCACAAAUGGCAAAUAUAUAUGCAAUGAAAAAAAAUUCAUGUGAUGAAUCAUACAAAAAAUUGCUACAAGUAUUGAUCAAUGAAUUGAGAAAACUUAACAAUAAAAUUACAUCAAUAAUAAAUAAAUUUAAAUUUAUAAAACCAGAUUAUGUUCUUGGUUCAUCUGGUGAUACAAUAAAAAAUUUCACUGGUUCUAAAAAUAUAUGUCGUCAAAAUAAAGAAGUAUUAAAUAAUUUUCGUAAUGGUGAAAUAAAUUGUCUAGUUGCAACUGAUGUUGUUGAUGAAGGUGUUGAUAUACCAAAUUGUUCAUUGAUUGUACGUUAUGAUGCACCACAAGAUUAUCGUUCGUAUAUUCAAAGUAAAGGACGUGCAAGACAUAAAUCAAGUCAGGUAACAUUUUUAGUUGAUAAAAAUGAUUCAAAAUUAUAUGAAACAUAUACACUGUGGAAAGAAAUUGAACAAUCAUUGAGUGAUGUUAGUGGUGAUCCAGAUGCACGUGCUGAUCCAUUGCCAGAGGAUAUUAUUAAAAAAUUAUAUGCAACUGAAGUUAAGCCAUAUAUUGCAACAAGUGUUGAAGGUAAAAAAUCAAUAUUAACUGAUGUGGCAUCAUUGUCAUUGGUUUCUAGAUAUUGCAAUACAUUGAUUAUUGAAUCAGAAGAUCAAUCAUGCUUGCCAACUUAUAAGCUACACCCUGUUAUUGUCGAUGGUAAAGAAUACUUUUAUGUGUCAUUAAAAUUACCAGAAUCAUCAAGGCUACAAGACACUAUCAAAGGUGACCUGAUGUCAUCAGUACUUUUGGCAAAACGUUCAGCAGCAAUGAAAGCAUGUAUUACUUUACAUAAAAUUGGCGAGUUGAAUGACACACUUUUACCUGUAAAACAAAAAGCUAUUAAUAAAAGCUAUGCAUGGAACCAUGAAAAUAAUAAUUCAAGUAAAGUGGUGAAUAUCAUAAACAACAUACAAGUUCAUUCAACAAUUUAUCCAGAAUCACUCUGGUCAGCUUAUCCAGUACCAUAUUGUAAUAAUUAUUUACAUAUUCUAGAGAUUGAAUCAAUCGACACAAAUCUAAAUGAUAAUUAUUUGAUAAAAAACAAAAUUGGAUAUGCAAUUUUAACAAAUAAAAAGUUUCCAGUUUUACCAUCGUUUCCAAUUGAUAUUAAAGACCAUGAAUUUAUGGUUAAUGUUAAAAUUUUUAUGAUGUUUGAUAAAGAACAUUUAGAAAAUAGUUUUUUAGUGGUUCCAGUUGAUAGUAGCUGGAAAAUUAAUUGGAAUAUUAUUGAUGAGUAUAAAUUAGGCGACAAGAAAUUUGAUAAUUUAAAUGGUUUAUCUUGUUCGAAAUUUUUUAAUGAUUAUAUUUUACUAUUGAGAAACAUGCAGCUGCCAAUAAUACUAGAACGUAUUAGUGAUAUUUUAAUUGCUGAUGAUUUGAGAAGAAAAAUAAUUUUAGAAACUGGUUUGGGUCAGCUUGAAGUUGCCAAAUGGCCACCAGUAAAAUUAUCAAGCUCAAUAAAUUAUUCAUCAGUUAUAAUCAAUGAAAAUGCUACAAAAUUAGAGAAACACAAUGCAAGAAAAAAUUCAGAUUCAAAUAAAUUUAAACAAAAUAUAUUUAAAUGCAUGAUAAAUUCAGAUUAUCAUGGGUUAAGAGGAAAACUAUCACUUUCCAAUAAAGACAUAAUAAUUGCAAAAUUAAAUAAAUCUGGUUACUCAGUUAGAGAAGAGCUAACACCACCAAUAUUAAAUGCAUUAAAUAUAAAAUUUGAUAAACGUAUUGGUCCAAGUCCAGUUGACAUUAUGUGUGCAUUAACAACAAUGCAAGCAAAUUCAUUAUUCAAUUUAGAACGUAUUGAAACACUUGGUGAUGCAUUUCUAAAAUACAUAACAACAAUUUAUUUAUUUGAAAAAUAUAACAAUGACAAUGAAGGUGUAUUAUCAAUUUAUAAAAGUAAAAUAGUUGGUAAUCAAAAAUUAUUAUUAUGUGGAGAAAAAAAAGGUAUACCAGGUAGAAUGAAAUUUUUUGUAAUAAAUACAAAUGAUAAUUUUGUAAUACCAUCAUUUUGUGUACCAAAAAAAUUAAAACAGCUAAUAUUUGAUAAUAAUAUUACAAUGAAUAUAUUAAAUGAAAUAAAAAUACCAAAAGAAGAACAAAUUUAUGGUAAAAUGACAUUAAAAACAGAAAAAUUACAUGUUAAUAAAAUAACAAAUGGUACUGUUAAAUUAAAUCCAUAUGAAAAAACUGGAUUAGAAAAUUUAAUGGGUAAAAAAAUUGCAAAAGACAAGUGUAUUGCUGAUUGUGUUGAAGCAUUAAUUGGUACAUAUUUGCAAACAAUGGGAUUAGAAGGUGCUAAAAAAUUGAUUCAAUGGUUUGAAAUAAUUGACCACAAUGAAAUUAUUGAAAAUAUUAUAUCAGGGAGGUCACCUAAUUCAAGAAUUAAUAAUGGUGAUCCAAUUGAUCAUUUGAAAUCAUUGAAUUUCAUUGAAAAUGUUGUUGGAUAUAAAUUUAAUGAUUGUGUUUAUUUGUUACAAGCAUUGACUCAUUCAUCAAGCACCAGUCAUAAUAUCACAAUGGAUUAUCAAAGACUCGAAUUUAUUGGUGAUGCUAUUAUUGAUUUUUUAAUAACACUUUAUAUUUUCGAUCAUUGUGAUGAUUUAAGUUCUGGUGAUAUGACUGAUCUUAGAUCAGCACUUGUCAAUAACAUAAUGUUUGCUUGUUUAACAGUUAAAUAUGGCUUACAUCUUGGAAUUUUACAUGAUUCAUCAAUUAUUCAAGAAGCCAUUGAUGAAUUUUAUAACUUUCAAGCUAAUAAAUCAUUUAACAUUGAUUAUAAUCUAUUGUCAAUCAAUUAUCAACAUGAUAAUAUACAUAUUGGUGAACAUAUCAAUGUUCCAAAAAUACUCAGUGAUAUAUUUGAAUCAAUAAUUGGCGCAAUUUAUCUUGAUUGUGGUAAAAAUUUAAAUAUUGUAUGGGAAAUAUUAUAUGGUUUAAUGAAAAAUGAAAUUUGUAAAUUUAAAAAAAAUAUACCAGUACCAUCAGUUAGAUUUAUCAAUGAAAAACCAUUGCUAAAUCCACAAUAUACUUAUUUAGAAAAAUUGGAUAAUGAUAUUUACAUGAUUAGACUUGAAAUGACAAUUGAUGAAGAACAAAUGUAUUUUAAUGGUUUUGGUGUUACUAAUGCAUUUGCUAAAAGUGCUGCUGCUAAAUUAGCCAUGGAUUAUAUUAUUAAAAAUAACAUCAACACAGCGAAACCUAUUAUUAUUCCUAAAAAUUUCGCAAUUGGUGCUGGGAUUUCAUCUUUUCAGACUGAAGGAGCUUGGAAUAUUGACGAUAAAGGUGAAAGUAAUUAUGACAGACUUUUAGCAAAUGAUACACAAAAUGGUAAGGUGGCAUGUGAUUUUUAUCACAAAUAUAAAGAAGAUAUUCAAAUUGCAAAAGACAUUGGUUUGAACCACUUUAAAAUGUCAUUGAGCUGGACACGAAUUUUGCCGACUGGAUCUAUCGACAAUAUUAGCCAAGCUGGAUUACACUUUUAUCAUGAUGUUAUUGAUGAAAUACGAGCAAAUGGAAUGGAACCGAUCGUAACAAUUUAUCAUUGGGAUCAUCCUGUUGUUUUCGAUGGCUUCAAGUCUUGGUUAGAUGAACGAAUGAUUAAUCAUUUUGCGGAUUAUGCGAGAGUCGUUUUUAAAAAUUUUGGUUCAAAAGUAAAAUUUUGGACAACAAUCAACGAGCCAAUGAUAUACUGCACAUAUAUUAUCAGUAACCCAGAUGACGAUAGAUUUAAAUGUGUAUAUACAAUGUUGAUGGCACAUGCCAGAGUUUACCACAUGUAUGAUAAAGAAUUUCGAGCUGUUCAAAGUGGUGAAAUUGGUAUUGUAGAUGCUUGCAUGGGUUACAUUCCUGUAGAUUCACAAAACCAAGAAUGUCAAUCAAUUGGAUUUGAUAGAGAUUGUGGAUUGGUGAAUACUUCAGAUUACUUGGGUCUCAACUACUAUACAGCAUAUUUAUGUCAAUUAAUACCAAAUCCUCUGCCAACAGCAAAUGGCUUUUUUAACAUUGAUGAAUUUUUAAAUGAAACAUGGGAGCAAGAAGAUGAUUCAUUUAUUUUCACUGUUCCAGAAGGAUUGAGGUUACUUUUGAAUAAAAUCAAAAAAGAGUACAAUAAUCCAUUGGUGUAUAUUUUGGAAAAUGGAUGUCCAAACAAUCAGGGGUUAAAUGAUGUUAGAAAAAUAAAUUAUUUGUAUUUACAUAUGAAAGAAGUAAUCUUGGCUCGAGAAGUUGAUGGAUGUAAAGUUGAAAAAUAUAUGGUUUGGAGUUUGCUGGAUAGUUAUGAAUGGCUUGGUGGAUAUAAACACAAGUUUGGAUUAGUCAAGGUAGACUUUAACAGCGUAAAUCUUACAAGAACACCACGACUUUCAGCAAAGUGGUUGAAGAAAGUCAUAAGAGAUCGUGAAUUAGUAGAAUAUCAUGAUGGAAUGGAGCUUUAA